AUGAAAAAACUGGAGAUACAUUUUUGUCAAUUAUGUAAUACCGGUACUGAUUCGGUAGUAUAUUAUAUUUUCGAAUGUGGUGAAACUAAGGAAUUAUGGCUGAAACAUUUUAAUAGUCAGAGAACUCCACAAUUUAUUAUUGGAAACCAACAUCUAAAUAAGAAGGAAUUAAUUGCUUUAAACGAGUACAUUAACGAAGUGGUUCAAAAGGUGAAACGACGAAGGAAGUUCACCAAUCUUGAAUCAUGGGGAGAGGCAAGAUGUGGACGGCGCAACAAAUAUACUUGUUUAGCCAUAACAACAAGACAGCUAGAUUUUAUACGAAAAUUACCUAUACAAUGCUUGCAAGCGCUGUCAACACUAAACAUUAUACACGGUGGGGGGGUUUUUAAGAGAACACUCCAUUAUGAGUUUUUUUCUUUUCCAUUAAAAAAAUGGCCUUAA